AUGGCGAUAAUCUCCGAGGACAUCAUGCAGGAGGACGAGGUUUCGACGCAGCCGCAGCAGGCGGCGGCGGCCGUGAAAGACAACAGCACGCAGGUAGAGAAGAAGGAGAAGGAGGAGAGCGAGGGGAGACAACCAAACUCCGGCAACGGCCUCGACCUGGAGAAGUACUCGUGGGCGCAGCAGCUACCAGAGGUGAACAUCUCCGUCCCCCUCCCGGAAGGAACGAAGGCGAGGUUCCUCGUCUGCGAGAUCAAGAAGGACCACCUCAAGGUCGGACUCAAGGGCCAGCCUCCGAUCAUCGAUGGUGAGCUGCACAAACCAGUUAAGGUCGAGGACUGCUUCUGGAGCAUCGAGGACGGGAGCUUGCUGUCCAUACUGCUGACAAAGCGUAAUCAGAGCGACUGGUGGAAAUCCCUGAUCAAAGGCGAUCCGGAGAUCGACACCCAGCGUGCUGAACCUGAGAGCAGCAAGCUCUCUGAUCUGGACCCCGAGACGAGGCAGACCGUGGAGAAGAUGAUGUUCGACCAGCGCCAGAAGCAGAUGGGCCUGCCCACCAGCGAGGAGAUGCAGAACCAGGACAUGCUCAAGAAACUCAAGUCCCAGUACCCUGACAUGGACUUCUCCGGGAUGAAGAUGCCUUCUUAG